AUGAAGGGGGAGAUAAUACGGUUUACCCAAUCUAAUAAGAAGUUAGAGCUGAGAAUUAGUGCUACACAAAAUUUUCCCAAAAGCCGUUUGCUUGGUUCAUUUGCAAAGAAAUCUUCAAAGAAGACACUUAAAUGUGUGACUUCAAUGAAAGUCAGCCUGGUGGCUAGUGGUGGUGUUGGUGAUAUUGGAGUCUUUCUUUUGACAAGUGCAGUUCUAGAAAUAGCCAGAAGGUUCUCUGUAGCUCACUGUCCUUUUAUCUGGCAUGGGCUUCAGGCAGCUCAGAUUCUCUGUUGUCCGCCAUUUAAAUGGAUCCAGAGAUGGGCUCCUUUUACUGCUUUGGUUAAAGGAAUGCAGAGUUUGUCAAGGCCAUUGUUGUUCCUGUCAGUGGCAACAGGUUUGUUAGGUGAAUCAGGCACCUCCAAUUCAAAAGGAACACUCAGUGGUUCAGGUGCUGAUCUCACAGAGCUAUCUGCACAAUUGGCCACACAAGACACAAGGUAUGUCAACAAGGUUUCAGCAAGUCUUGAUAUGGAAGAUUGGUUGGUGAAACUCUAUGCAGAGCUUGAGAAGCUGGGCAUUACUAUACCAGAGAGGGUUAGUGAAGAUGAGCUUCAUAGAUUCUAUGCUGUCUCGGAUGGUGACUUUGAAAAGUUUUUGUCAUCAGUUAAGAAGAGUAUUCGGUGGAGGCAGAAAUACACUCUGCUUUCACCACAAGAACUCAAGGCCUGGGGCAAUUUGGUCUUUUGGCAUGGCUCUGAUUUGAUGCAACGACCCACCCUCAUUAUUCGCGUUGGACUUGCAUGCUCUCAUUUGGGUUCAAAUGGCCAAGCACAGUUUGUUAAAGCAAUCGUUUCACAGGUGGAAUACGGGGUUCUAAACUUGCUUGAUGCAGAACAUCCACAGCUUACUGUUUUGAUGGAUUGUCACGGACUAUCACCUUUUGGAUUCCCGGUUCAAACAUUUAGAUCAUGUGCGGUGCUUCUUCAAGAUCAUUACCCGAAUCGGCUUGGAUGUUUACUUGUUGUACGCCUUCCCUCUGUUGCCAGAAUCAUAACUCAAACUCUAUUCCAAGUAUUGAAGCCUAGAACACAGCAAAAGCUGACAAUUGUGGGGGAAGAUUUACAAGAGGUACUUUCAAGGUACUUUGAAGAUUUGCCUCCUUUUCUUGGUGGAAAGUGUUGUUGCUCUAAAUGUGCAAGUGAGGUUGAAACUGUAGAGGAAAGAAUGCGAAUCGGUGAUGAAGAUCGUCAUCUCAAGCUUACAUUAUCUGAUUCUGAGCUUUGUCAUGGUAGUAGAUUAGAUAAGGAUUGCAAGUUCAUAGUCUCUGCUAUGUUGGGCUCUUUUCUACUAUGGUUAUGUCUUGUUUACAUUAUUAGAAGUUUAUCAUGAACAGGUUAUGCUCCC